UCUCGGCUUUGUUUGCAGAGUUUCAAACGCCAUGACCGCCUUUGCUACUGCUGCUGCUCUCUCUUUACCCAACUCUCUAUUCCGAUAAUCUAAGCUCAACUGUAAGAAGGGUGUUAGAGGAGGGUUUGGGGUGUUUGCAGUGUUAGGGGAGGAAGGUGGGUUGUUAGAUAAGAAGAGUACAUGGGGUCCACUCUUCGACGUGGAGGAUCCGAGGUCUAAGAUGCCACAGUUUAAAGGGAAGUUCUUGGAUUUUUAUCAAGCACUUGAAGUGGCGAGAUAUGAUAUUCAGUACUGUGAUUGGCGAGCUCGGCAAGAUCUUCUUACUAUCAUGAUCCUUCAUGAAAAGGUUGUUGAAGUUCUAAAUCCCUUAGCUCGUGAUUACAAGUCUAUUGGUACCAUGAAGAAGGAGCUUGCGGAGUUGCAAGAUGAGUUAGCCCAAGCUCACAGACAGGUUCAUAUAUCUGAAGCAAGGGUUGCUACUGCUUUGGAUAAACUAGCUUACAUGGAAGAAUUGGUUAAUGAUAGGCUGUUACAAGAUAGAAAGCAAGCAGAGCCUGACCAAGAAUCCCCUUCUCCCAGCACUUCGACUCAAUCUCUGGAUACUGUAAAACACAAGUCGCCCCAGAAAAACUUGAACGUAUCAGGUCCAGUUCAACCUUACCAUCCUCGCCUUAAGAAUUUCUGGUAUCCUGUUGCUUUCUCCACUGAUCUGAAGGAUGACACAAUGGUAAGCUACUCUUUUCAAUUGUGAUUCACUCAGUAUGUUUUGAAUAUAGAGGGAUAGAAAAAGGCUAGAAAGCCCUUAAAAACGUAGGAAUAAAUUAAAUGAGAGGUAUAGUAGUAAUUGACUAAAUACAUGAUAAAUAUAAAUAAGGAGUUAAAAAAAAAACAACAACAAAAGAGGGAUUUGAAAAUUUGAGAUAGAAUCGGCAGGAGAGAGAAGGGAGAAAGAAGAAGAAGAAAAAAAAAA